ACAAAACACUGAUAAUCUUUUGAUUCCUAGACUUUCUUUGAAGGCUGGCUUUCCAGUCAACGUCUCUCAUUGUUGUAUUAUCUUUACCGUUUUUCCGUUGUCUUGCAUCAUCUACUGCUUCUACUAGUCGAUCGCCAGGUCCUUUGUCUUUGCCAUUCGGUACAACAUAACACCAUUUAAAAGAUGAAGUUUCAAAUUCUGUACGCCACAGUCGCCGCUGGUGCUGUAGCAGCUCUUGAUAUGAGCAACCAUGAUCCCAAGCCAGGUGUACCGGUCGAGUUCAGACCCUUUUAUGAAGCACUCGUGGGCCAAGCCGACAACAUGUCUGCAACCACCUCCUUCACUGAUUUCUUCACCAGCACGGGCCGACAGACAACAUUGACGCUAGACUGUGUCGGCCCCGCAGCUAUCCUCAAGUGCAAGCAGGGAUUCCUGCCACCAGACGGAAGCAAGACGCUGAGCCACUUCCCAAACACCACCUUCGUCGUGAGCAACAACGACACCGCCACCGUCUUUGAGGUUCAUGGGCGGAUCGAGCACAACUACGUCAAGGGUAACUGUUCGCAGAAUUACUACAAGACUCAGUACACUGUGCUGAAGACAGACGAGAGGCUCGAGGCCAUGGCGAAUUUAACCCCCAAGCCCGAGCAUCAGGUCACGUGGUACCACGACUACUACAUCGACCCUCCGUUUGUGCCAAACAGCGUGCCCUGCGAUAGCUUGAAGGGCAAAUAACGAAUUGGAACAUCGAGAGCUGCUUGGGGCAUUAGAGAACGUACUUGUAGAGAUGAAGCGAAGGUUGCUUGUUCUGACAAUUGAUUGUUUGUGUUAUAUAUCAACCUUUUUAUAACCAUAACCCUUAAUCCAGAUCGAGCGAGU